AGACUAGAGAAAUUGCGCGAAUUCCUAUGUCUCUGCAUUGUCAGACCAAGUCACAAGGUUUGAGGACAAUAACAUUUAUGGUUGAUCCAGAAAUUGUUCAAAAUUGGUACUCUGUAACGGGUUUGAUUUUAUUUUUUUAAAUCUCUCAUUGCAUUAAACAAUGUGUGCGUUUUUGGUGUGAAUAAGGAGCUCUGUUUUCUAAUUCAGUUUGAUGACGGAAGCUAUGAUCAUGCAUGUGGAACAUUGAAGCUGAUAAUGCAUGUGGAACAUUGAAGCUGAUCUCCUGAUAACAACUGUUAUAUAUCACAAGAUUUUCGGCUAAAAUUCUCGAUUUAAAAUUCCUGUUUGUUAAAAUUCAUGGCAGGAGGUGCUUUGAACAGAAAUGGCCGUUCAAAUGACAUACCAGCUCGGAAAAUGGCCAUUUGGAAAGUUUUCAAAUAUGUAGAUUAUAUAGAUAUAUUGACAAUGGCAUUGGGAACCUUAGGUUCCAUUGCAGAUGGAUUAUCUGUACCUGCUACGUGGGUUAUAUGGGCUGGAUUAUCCAAUACUCUCGGAUAUGGUCCCUCUCAGAAAAAUGGUGAUUUUACGACCAAAAUUGACAAGGGAGUUAUGUAUUUUGUGUAUGUGGCUGCUGCAGUAUGGACUGCAGCAUUCGUAGAAGCUUUCUUCUGGACUAGGAGUGGAGAAAGACAGGCGUCUCGACUGAGAAGAAAAUAUUUAAGAGCUGUGUUAAAACAAGAUGCCCAAUUUUUUGACACAAGAGGCACAGACACGGCCGAGGUGGUUAAUGUUGUUACCAAUGAUACUCUUCUCAUCCAAGAUGUCCUAAGUGAAAAGGCUCCAUUUUUUACGAGGAAUGUGACAACUUUUAUUGGUUCCUAUGCUGCUAGCUUUUACUUGUCAUGGAGGCUGACCUUGGUGACCUUUCCGUUGGUCACAUUACUGAUCAUCCCAGGAUUCAUUUAUGGCAAGAUUCUGAUGAGGUUGGGUAGGGAUACGCAUGCACAAAAUAACAGGGCCGGUACAAUUGUAGAGCAAGCACUUUCCUCCAUCAGGACUGUUUAUUCAUUCGUGGGAGAGCAUAGUCUAAUCAACAAAUAUUCAUCAGUCCUUGAUACAAUUGUAAAGCAGGGUCUUAAGCAAGGUCUAGCAAAAGGUUUGGCUAUUGGAAGCAAUGGCUUUACUUUUGUUAUAUGGGCUAUUAUGGCAUGGCGUGGAAGCGGCUUGGUCAUCUCUCAUGCUGUAUCACCAGGAAGAAUUCUGGCAAUCGGCCUGCUUAUAACUCAUGGUGGAAUGGCUUUGGCGAUGGCACUUCCCAAUCUCAAGUACUUUUCAGAGGCAGCCAUUGCUGCAUUUCACAUCUCUGAAAUGAUCGAUAGAGUACCAGAGAUCGAUCAAGCAGAUGAAGCAGGGAAUAUAUUGGAAAAGGUAUAUGGCGAAAUCCAAUUUAGAAAUGUACAAUUCACAUAUCCUUCUCGACCAGACACUCAGAUAUUUAGAAAUUUCUCCCUAAUUGUUCCUGCUGGACAAACUAUGGCUCUGGUUGGGGUAAGCGGAUCAGGAAAAUCCACAGCAAUUUUGUUAUUAGAACGUUUCUAUGAUCCAACUGCAGGGGAGAUUCUUCUCGACGGAGUGAACAUUCAAGACUUGCAACUGAAAUGGCUGCGCAGCCAAAUCGGUCUAGUCAGUCAAGAGCCAACCCUGUUUGCUACCUCUAUUCGAGAGAAUAUAUUGUUUGGAAAAGAGAAUGCUACCAUGGAAGAAAUCACCACUGCUGCAAUGGCUGCUAAUGCCCACAACUUUAUCACUAAACUACCACAGGGAUAUGAUACACAGGUAGGAGAACGGGGCGUCCAGAUGUCUGGAGGGCAAAAGCAGCGGAUAGCUAUUGCUCGUACAAUGCUGAAAAACCCUCCAAUCAUGUUGUUGGAUGAAGCCACUAGUGCUCUGGACGCAGAAUCAGAGCACAUUGUCCAGAAUGCUCUUGAUAAAGCUUCUACAGGACGUACAACUAUUAUUGUGGCACAUCAUCUCUCCACAGUGAAAGCUGCAAACACAAUUGCAGUAGUGCAAGAUGGUUGUGUUGUUGAGUCGGGCGGACACCUGGAGCUGAUCCAAAAUCCAAAUGGCAAGUACGCAGCGCUCAUUCACUUACAACAGCAAAUGGUUAAAAAUAAAACAGUUGACCACAAUACCUCGGAACAGAUUCUGAGAGCAAGCAGCUGGGAUCUUGAGAACAUUUCAAAUAUUUUAGAUGAACAGGGGUGUGCUUUUUCUGCAUCAGAAAAAGAAGAAAAGAUCAAAGUUUCAAGUAAAACUCGAACUCCAUCAUUUUGCCUGAUGUUUGCAAUGAAUUCUCCAGAAUGGAAGAAUGCUGCACUGGGUUGCCUUGGUGCUGUUGGAUACGGAGCCCUGAAUCCAUCUUAUUCUAUUGCUAUGGCAAGCAUGAUAUCAGUCCUAUUUCUGAACAAUCGUGAUGAAAUAAGGGACAAAAUAAGAAGUUACUCCAUUAUUUUUGUGGCAUUGACCGUGUGGUCCUUCCUAGCAAAUGUAAUCGAACAUUAUAAUUUUGCUGUCAUGGGAGAGUUCUUAACCAGAAGGGUCCGUAUGAAAAUGCUGUCAAAAAUCUUAACAUUUGAAGUAGGAUGGUUUGAUAUGAAAGAAAAUUCCAGUGGAGCUGUUUGUUCCAGGCUAUCAAAAGAAGCGAAUAUGAUGAGAUCCUUGGUGGGAGAUCGCUUGUCACUUAUGGUGGAAAGUCUAUCAGCAGUGGUUAUAGCCUGUAUUAUUUCACUAGUUCUUUCUUGGCGUUUUGCCAUUGUAUUAAUUGCCAUACAACCUGUACAGAUCUACUGCUAUUACACAAAACGGGUUCUACUCAAGCAACUUUCAAGGAAAUCUAUCAAAACCCAGAAUCAAACCAGCCAAGUGGCCACAGAAUGUGUUGUAAACCAUAAAACCAUUGCAGCUUUCUGUGGUGAGGAAAGAAUUCUCCAGCUCUUUGAAUCCACACAAGAAGAGCCCCACAAAGAGAUCAAGAUACAAUCAUGGUAUGCAGGAUUGGUUCUUGGAACAUGUGAAUUUAUCCAUACAUCGCAAGGGGCUUUAGGAUUUUGGUACGGAGGGAAGCUUAGAGAGCAAGGAUAUUUAAGUUUUCAUGCAUUCUUAACCUGCAUGGCAAUGAUGGGAAGAAUUGGGCGGAUUAUAGCAGAUGCUGGAAGCAUGACUUCAGACAUAGCCAAAGGUGCGGAUGCUGUAAAAUCUGUAUUUGCGAUCUUCGACAGAAACAGUUCCAUAAAUCCAGAAGAUAUUGGAAGACUUAAGCCAAAUAAAAUUGAUGGCAAUGUUGAAUUAAGAAAUGUAGAAUUUUCUUAUCCUGCUCGUCCCAAUAUUAUUGUAUUGAGAGAUUUCUGCCUUGAAAUUAAAGCAGGAAGCAGUGUGGCUCUGGUUGGCAAAAGUGGGUGUGGAAAGUCCACCAUUAUUGGACUCUUGGAGAGAUUCUAUGAUCCUAUCAAAGGACUAGUUUUAAUAGAUAAUCAAGACAUUAAAACAUUCAAUUUGAGGUACUUGAGACGUUUUAUAGGUCUGGUACGGCAAGAGCCAACUUUGUUUGCAGGGAGUAUUAGAGAUAACAUUCUGUAUGGUAAGGAAGAUGCAACCGAGGCAGAAGUAAUUGAGGCCGCGACGGCUGCUAAUGCCCAUGGAUUUAUAUGUCAUUUGGAGAAUGGAUACGAUACAAAUACAGGUGAUAGAGGACUGCAGUUGUCUGGUGGGCAGAAGCAACGGAUAGCGAUAGCAAGGGCAAUACUAAAAAAUCCAAGUAUCUUACUUCUCGACGAGGCAACUAGUGCAUUGGACGUUCAAUCAGAGAAAGUUGUUCAGGAAGCUCUAGAUCGAGUUAUGGUGGGAAGAACAAGCAUAGUUAUAGCUCAUAGAUUGAAUACAAUCCAAAAUUCUGACUACAUAGCAGUUAUUGAGGAUGGAAAGAUUAUUGAGCAGGGCAGUCAUCCUGUGUUGAUGAGUAAAGGUGAAAACAGUGAGUACUUUAGACUUAUCAAGCUCCAAGAACACGCUAAUAUCAGAUCGUCUUGAAAUUGGUUUUUGUUGCUUGCAACAAAACAAAUUGGUUGAAUCUAUUGCAACUGUGCAGUGAUGUUCAAGCCACCCAAAAAGAGAAGAUUUCUGGUGAUAGUAUUGUUUUCAAAUUUUCUGUUGAUUUGCAAAAGGAAAAAUUACCAGCCCAAUCCUCCAAUAUGUGCUGCCGCAGAUGGCAGAUGUGCUCAGGCAUUAAAUUUGUAUAAGUGGCAACAGGGACAAAGCAUAUGACCUUUAUGUUUGCUUUUAUUAUGUAAUAUCAGGGGAUAUACAGCAUCUUAAUCUCAAAGAAAUCAGUUAAGCUUAAUAAGCUUUAUUGUUAAUGACAACAGACAGCCAGAAUUAAUUCCUGGCGUUUUCAAGAUGUUAAAAAGAAAUUUUUAGUAAUAGAA